AUGAACAAGUACCAAGACCUACAUCAACAGCAGCAGCAGCAGCAGCAGCAGCAGCAGCAGCAGCAGCAGCAACAGCAACAGCAGCAACAACACCAGCAGGCCAAUAUUGAGCACUACUCCCGUAGCGAGCCAUAUUACUCCCGCAUAUCAUCCAGUUCGGACAGCAUCUCCAGCGACGACACACAUCCAAUCACCUCGACUUCCAGCACAUCGUCGACGCACCACCCCGGUCUCCCGCAUCCCGACCAGGCUUCAUCGCACCUCCAGCACCAGCAACAUCAAAUGGCCGGAGUGUAUUUUAAUCAACGCAACCUCCCUCAGACCCUCAGCGCGUUCCCCGGCGCUCUGGAUGGCGCAGGCCCCAACUCAAUGAACCCUGCGCGUCAGCUGACGGCCUCGCCUCAAUGGCCUCAGCGCACGUUCAAUCAGUUUGGCGUGCCAGGCGCACCAAUCUUCUUCCCAUCGCCACAGCAGCAGGCGGGCGAGCAGUACUACUACCAACACGACUCGACACCCCAGCACGACUUGCUGCCAGGCGUGCACCACGACAAGCUGCCCCAGCUUCACCACUACCCCUCGUUGUCGCCAUCGUUCCUCCCCGCCAACUACCAGAGCAUGGGCAUCGAGGGCUCCAUCAAGAUCGAUCUCUACCACAAGCCACGCGGCUCCAAGGGUACUUGGGUGCCCAUCAACGUGUCGGACCAGAUCCGUGUCACCGAGGGCAAGGGCAAGAGAAUCAAAAUGAUUGUACAUAGCGAGCAGGAGCUGACCAAGGUCGGCCUUCAGGUCGCACUCCUGGACCUCCAGACGGCCAAGAAGGCCUCAGCUUCGGCUUCUGCCUCUGGCGGCACGCCCGGCUCACCAACAUCGUCCACUACCUCCACCUCACAGACGGCCGGCUCCUCGUCCACAUCGUCCUCUACUACUGGUGGCGGUCCCACCUCUGCCUCGGCAUCGUCGCCCUCGCCCACUACCACAUCCAACAACUCAUCUGUACACACUAUCCAAGGUCUCACCUCUUCACCCUCACCCUCGUCGUUCUCCCUCUCCUCGCCGGCCCAGUCGCCAACGCAGUCACCAAUGCAAAGCAACGUGCUGCCAUUGAUAUCGCCACCAUCAUCUGCCAUUUCACCAUACUCUGUGUCCAUAUCGGUCACGCCGCCUUCACAGAAUCCUUCACCUGUGCUUCCGCCCGGACACACCACCCAGCUGCCACCACCCGACCCCCAGGGCCUCUCGGUCGAGUCCGUGCGUGUAUAUAGAUACCCAUCGAUCGGCCAAUCGCCCCAGUCUGCGCUCGAGUUUGAGCUGAAGCUGGCGCGUCUGUCCAAGAGGCUGUGCGUUGUUGUGGCCGCCCAGUCCAAGGAAGGCAACACCUUUGAGGGCCGCUCUGUCGACUUUUACGCUCACAACAAUGGCAAGCACAACAUCAACGCGCUCAACCGCCAGAACAGCAACAGACGCAGUCCCUACUCGCCCACCAUGGGCGGCACUGGCCACCCCGAUGGUGUGUCGCACUCGAGCCCCAGCUCCUCCUCCGCGUCCGGCGAACACGUCUCAGUCAAGAAGAGCAAGUCACCAAGCAGCAGCAGUAACAGCAACAGCAACAACAGCAGUGGCAGUAGUAGUGGUAGCGGAGUCAACAGGAACUCGAUCGUCGCCAAGAGAUCAACAUCACCAUCAUCUUUGCUGCCAUCGAUUCCCCUGCCAACCGACAACAUCGAGUUCAACGCUCCUCAAGGCUGGCCACCCCAGUUCAACCACCAGCAUCUGGACCACCCGGGCCACAUGCCCAGCAUGCCCUGGAACCAGCCCCACCCAGUCUAUCUCGGUCAACAGUCAUCCAACUCCCAUCCAAGCUUUGGUGUCGACAAACACCAAUGA